GCCCCCUUGUGGGACGCUAUAAACAGCUGCAAGGGAAACCCGGCUGGCUUCUGUGGGGCGCGCGCUUGUCGCACUUGUGGCGGAGUUGGUGGGAAGCCCUGGGAGAAAGAGUUUCCGAAGCAGCUGGUGGCCGCGCGCCCAGACUCAAAAUGCCAAACUGGGGAGGUGGCAACAAGUGUGGGGCCUGUGGCAGAACAGUGUACCAUGCAGAAGAAGUUCAAUGUGAUGGGAGAAGCUUCCACAGAUGCUGCUUUCUUUGCAUGGUCUGCCGGAAAAACUUAGACAGCACAACAGUAGCCAUCCAUGACGAAGAGGUCUACUGCAAAUCAUGCUAUGGAAAGAAGUAUGGUCCAAAAGGCUAUGGCUAUGGCCAAGGAGCAGGAACUCUUAAUAUGGACAGAGGGGAGAGGCUGGGCAUCAAGCAUGACAAUGCACCUUCUCACCGACCUACAACAAGUCCAAAUACUUCAAAGUUUGCCCAAAAAUUUGGAGGAGCAGAGAAAUGUUCCAGGUGUGGUGAUUCUGUGUAUGCAGCAGAGAAAGUAAUAGGAGCUGGAAAGCCUUGGCACAAAAACUGCUUUCGCUGUGCCAAGUGCGGGAAAAGUCUUGAAUCAACAACUCUGACAGAGAAGGACGGUGAAAUCUAUUGCAAAGGUUGUUAUGCGAAGAACUUUGGCCCCAAAGGAUUUGGCUAUGGGCAGGGAGCUGGUGCUCUGGUUCAUGCUCAAUGAUUCGUUAGUGCCAUUGCACUGAAAUGGUUCUAUAGUUACAACUUAAAUGCCACUAAUUACUGUGAAACUGAUAACUAGUGUCCUAUGCCGUUGCUUGUCUUAAAAGUAUUGCGUUUUCUCAAGCCUUAAAAGCACACCUUGUACAUGCACUGUCAACUGGCUUCAGCAAAGCUUUUGUGCUUAGAUGAUUAGUGUGUCAAAAGGCCCCCUGGAGAAAAUUGUUCUGUUUCUACUGCCUACAGAUCUGCAUCUUCCGGUAUAUAUUGCUUUGCCUGCAACAUUUGAAGCAUGGUAUGAGUUGCUUGCUGCCUAAACAAGCACUUCAUCAGGUAAUGGGAAGACUGGAAGUAAAAAAAAACAUGUUAAUCCAUUAUAGCCAAGUCUGUAAUUGUAGAUUUGCAGUAGCCUUGCUCAGGCAUUGACCUUCCCAAUUAUGCUCAUUGGUCUUGCCUACUCCACGUUGGAGAAGUAACUUCUAAAGCAGGAACCCACUCUACUCAUGGAGUCCAUGAUUUAGAAUCCUAGUGUUACUCCACUUAGUAUAGCAGGUUCCCUUCUAGGGAAUGAUGGGAUAAUGGCAGAGUUAAGGCCAAUAAGCUGACAACCACCCAUCCCUUGCUCUGCCCCUUUUGCAGUUUUAUAGGGGACUAUGCACUAUGUUAACUGCCCAUCUCAGUAGUUUCACAGACAAGAUGUGAGGUACCUUGAAUUCAGAAAGGCAACAACUUCUACAGCAGAUACCUCAGUUGCAUUUUUAGAUCUCUGCUCUGGCUAUUCUAAUUCAUGGUAUCCUAAAGAGAAACUUGGGGGAAAACCCAUGGCUUGACUCACAAGGAAGUUCCCUCCCCUCUCCUUCCCUAUUCCCAUUUCAGCUGUGCGUGCUGUUUGGGAAGAGGUUGGAUGGAGCACAGGGGGAACUCUAUGAACUCAUGUU